AAGAAUCUAUAGAUACAAAACAAACCAAUUAGUCCACAGAGAAAAGACUCCAUAGAUCGAGAGAGAGAGGGAGGGUAAUAUGGGUGUGGAGCAAGAUGAACACGAAGGAGAGUUCGAGAGGUGUGAGAAGAGGCUGAAAUGCUUCGGGGGUGAAGAACUUUCAGAAGAUGAGAGAGGGGGUAAGCUGCCGUUACAGUCGGGUGAUUUCUUCUUCUACCCGAUGGUGCCGUCUUCGAUUGUUGUUUCCGACGCUUUAGAACCUGAUUUUCCCAUUAUUUACGUUAACACCGUCUUCGAAAUGUUCACUGGGUAUCGCGCCCACGAAGUUCUUGGCCGAAACUGCCGGUUCUUGCAAUAUAGAGACCCUCAUGCCCAAAGAAGACAUCCACUUGUUGAUCCUGUUGUUGUUUCCGAGAUUAGAAGGUGUCUUGAGGAAGGCAUUGGAUUUCAAGGUGAGCUUCUCAACUUCAGGAAGGAUGGUACUCCACUGGUGAACAGGCUAAGACUUGCGCCAAUUCAUGGUGAUGAUGGCACAAUUACACAUGUAAUUGGUAUUCAAGUGUUUUCUGAAGCAAAAACAGAUCUCAAUAGUGUAUCAUAUCCAGUGUUCAAAGAAAGUUGCCAGCAGCAAUUUGAUCAGACGGGUUACUACUCUCCAAAGAGUGGACAAUUACAGCAUAGCAGGCAUGAAGAAAUAUGUGGGAUUCUUCAGCUCUCCGAUGAAGUACUGGCUCAGAACAUUUUAUCACGCUUGACACCAAGAGAUGUCGCAUCCAUUGGAUCUGUCUGCAGAAGGAUCUGUCAAUUGACAAAGAAUGAGCAUCUAAGGAAGAUGGUAUGCCAAAAUGCAUGGGGAAGAGAAGUCACAGGUGCACUGGAACUGAUGACGAAGAAGAAAUUAGGGUGGGGUCGUCUUGCUAGGGAACUGACCACUCUUGAGGCUGUUUGUUGGAAGAAGCUUACAGUUGGAGGUGCAGUGGAGCCUUCACGUUGCAAUUUCAGUGCAUGUGCUGCGGGAAAUCGACUUGUAUUGUUUGGAGGGGAGGGGGUUAACAUGCAACCCAUGGAUGACACGUUUGUUCUUAAUCUUGAUGCUGCAAAUCCAGAAUGGCGUCGUGUGAGUGUCAAAUCAUCCCCACCAGGGCGCUGGGGUCAUACUCUCUCCUGCUUGAAUGGUUCCUGGUUGGUGGUAUUUGGUGGCUAUGGCAGGCAGGGAUUGCUAAAUGACGUGUUUGUUCUGGACUUAGAUGCCAAACAGCCAACAUGGAAAGAAGUCUCUGGUGGAACUCCCCCCCUUCCUAGAUCCUGGCAUAGCUCUUGCACAGUAGAAGGCUCAAAGUUGGUUGUUUCAGGUGGUUGCACAGAUGCGGGAGUGCUGCUUAGGACACAUAUUUGUUGGAUCUCACCAUAGAGAAACCCAUUUGGAAAGAGAUUCCAACUUCAUGGGCUCCUCCCUCUAGAUUGGGACACUCACUCUCGGUUUAUGGAAGGACAAAAAUUUUGAUGUUUGGUGGGCUUGCCAAGAGUGGACACUUGCGGCUACGGUCUGGUGACGCAUACACCAUUGAUUUGGAGGAUGAAAAGCCACAAUGGAGGCAGUUGGAAUGUGGUGCAUUUACUGGUGUAGGUAGCCAGAGUGCUGUGGUUCCUCCUCCUAGACUGGAUCAUGUUGCUGUAAGCAUGCCUUGCGGGCGGAUCAUCAUUUUUGGUGGUUCUAUUGCUGGGCUGCACUCUCCCUCUCAGCUUUUUUUGUUGGAUCCUGCUGAGGAGAAACCAUCAUGGAGGAUUCUCAAUGUUCCUGGGCAACCUCCAAAAUUUGCUUGGGGUCACAGCACCUGCGUGGUUGGAGGUACCAGAGUUUUGGUCCUAGGUGGGCACACUGGGGAAGAAUGGAUCCUUAAUGAAUUGCAUGAGUUGUGCCUAGCUAGCAGACAGGACUCAGAUCCAUGAUAUAAUCACUAGCUGCAACAUUGUACUAUUCUGGAAGAAGAUUCUUUUCUUCAGGAUUGUGCUAGUCGAUGUUUCAGGUUCUAUGUUGAUUCUAUUUGCUGAUAUGUUUCCACUGAUGAAUGAUGCACGGCUUGGUUUGGUACCAUAAUUUGUUGUAUUAAGACACCAUAAUAUUACCUCUUUAGGACAGGCAUAUGAUGUGUACAAUGUCUGUGUAUCUUCAAUUUGUAGUUCAUCCUUUCAAUAGAGUAACAUGUUUUGAUUCCCUUUCUGGUGUGUAGUUCAUCCUUUUAAUGCAUGUUCAUGUACAUGCAUACAGUACAUUUUGUUGGCUGCUGCGCUUGUUACGCUUUACAUUCCUAAAUUUCUUUUUGUGCUUACUGCAAGUUAUC